GAGCACCCCCUCCCUGCGCGCCUCGCCAAGCAGGAAGCACCUCUCUUCCACCUUACCUCCGCGUGCCUCCCCUGUCCCCUCCAUCGGCAAGGCCGAGCACAGCGGCACGGCGCAGGUGCUAGGGGCGGGCGAGGACGAGGCAGGCCCGUGCUGGCCCCUAGUCCUAUGCUGGGUGCGGGCCUAGGGCAUCGCACAGAGAGGUGACGGCAGGGGUGAAGGAGCUCAGGCAGUGGCCGGGCUCGUUCGUGGGGCCACAUCGGGGUGAGCCAAGGUCAGGAGGGCUUGGGAUCGAGCUUGCCGGAGGUCCUCCAUCUAUGAGGUGGCGGCGCUGCUGAGGCUCCCGAGGCUAGUCCUCCUCCGUCCGUUGCCGUAGGCUAGGAAGACGCGGUGGUGCGGGGGCUGGCGACAAGGAAUGAGCGCACGAGCUUGGCCUUGCCUCGCCACGGAUGGUGCACUAGCAGGGAGGGGUCCGGCUUGGGUUUGUCGGCGGCGACGGAUUUGGCUGGACGGGCGGCGGGUCCCACCCGAAGCAGAGGCAGCGGCCGCACUCACCUCAGGAAGAAUGGGAAGAGCUUCACGGAAGCAUCGACGUCUGUUCCAAACGUGACGGAAUACUAUAUCCAAGUGACGUUGCAUUCUUCCUAUGAUAUUUUACGGAGCGUUGAAGGUUUGAUGGUAUUUUCCAGAUAUCGCGAUCUUUCGAUGCUACGAGACCAAUUUCCGUUUUCGUAGCGAGCGUUAAUGCUAAGCCCAAUCCGGGACCAUCAAAUCUGAGGCCCUGAAGGAUCUCCUCAUUUCCAUGUAAGAUGCAAGUAGGCCCACUUCAGAUUCAGGUAACACCAAAAGACCAAGCACCCAGUUCCAAUCCGCUUCUCAAUUUUAGGCCCCCACCCAAAAAGCAAAACCAUUGGAAGGAAAGCCCAAGAGGCCCAUUCCAUCAUCCGGAGCCGUUUCCCUUCCACCUUAUCCCUCGGAGGCCGCGCCACCGCCGGCGGCGGGUCGGAUUACGAAUCGAGCCACCCGCGGGUGCCGCAAGCGAGAUGGAGGCUGGCCUGCGGCUGCGCGCCCUCGGCCACCGCUACUACUCCUGCGGCGGAUUCAAACGCGGUGGGCUCGCGGCCGCUCGAGGCGAGCGGCGGCGCCGCGUGGGCACGGCAUCCUGCUCCCCUGCUUUCUGCUCCCUUGCUGCGAGUGGAAAUGGCAAUGGCGCCGCGGUUGGGCCCGUGGGGAGCGGCGCGGAGGUGGCGUGCGCCAGGAGGAUGCUUCACGUCGUGCUGGUUUCGCCGCUGAUCCCAGGAAAUACAGGAUCCAUAGCAAGGACGUGUGCUGCAUCUGCAGUAGGCCUGCAUCUUGUCGGGCCAUUAGGUUUUAACGUAGAUGACACAAAAUUGAAGCGUGCAGGAUUGGAUUAUUGGCCAUAUGUUGUUGUCAAGAUCCAUGACUCCUGGGAUGACUUCUGUGAUUAUUUCGUGAAGCAGGAAGGAGAAAAAAGGCUGUUGGCAUUUACGAAAAGAGGAACAAGCAUUCAUUCAGAUUUCUCAUACAAGCCAGGGGACUGGCUAGUCUUUGGUUCUGAAACCAAAGGAUUACCUCAACAAGCCCUUGAGGAUUGCAGUAGAGAAGGCCUAGGCGGUGGAACCAUCCGGAUUCCCAUGGUGGAAACCUAUGUCCGGUGCCUGAAUCUCUCUGUCAGCGUUGGGAUCGCCCUGUAUGAAGCCGCCAGACAGCUGAACUACGAACAGCUCCAGUAUCAGCCUGAGCUCCCGGAGGAAGCACAGGGACUAUUCCCAGCAGAGGAUAUUUAUGCAUGAAAACUUCGUCUAAGAACAAUUUGAUGGAACACGCAUAUGGUGGAAAGACUAUUGAACUUUUUGCUUUUCGCUGUGACGCAUGAGCAUAUGAUUGAGCUGGAGGACCACACGGGAUUCUGUUGCAAAUUCAAUUCCAAACCGAUUCUUUGUCGAGGUGCCCUUCACAUGCUCAUUCAAAAUGUGUACGGGGCUUGCCGGUUCCAUGAAAGAAUGGUGCUAGUUUUUAUAAACCUGCAGUCAGAAGGUUAUUAGAGUAUGAUAAGAUGGGGGGCCUCUUUCUGAUUUAUUGUGUACUGGUUUACUGAACCAUAAGCUUGUUUAAUUGCAAUUAGAUGCUGCGUUUUGCUGCGUCUGUUCAA